UUCUCUACCUAUGAGAUAUCACAAAGUUUCUUUGCAUAACUGCGUGACCAGACAAUCAUAUUCUGUGUAGUCUAGACCAAAUCAGGAUUGUACACAUUGCUUAAGCCACAAUGCUGCCACAUCAACGCAACGUCAAUUGGCCAUUUCGGCACUUCCUUGGUGCUUCCUUUGGUGGAACCUUGCAAGUUUCAAAGUUGAAGGUUUGAUUCCCUGCUUCAACUUGAAGAUGGUGACUGAUGGUCCUCACUAGCUCAACAUCUGGCAGCUAGCUGCCUGUCAGAAUCACGUGCAGAAAACUUUGUUCUAAGCCACUUUUCAGCCAACAACAUCACGACCCUGCCACUUUUCCAGAUUUUCGACAAACACCCAGACAUCAACCCACAAUGUCGUCGAAAACCAAGAAGCCCGCCGCCACCAAGUCGGCCAUCGAGCAGGUCGUGUCCCGCGAGUACACCAUCCACCUCCACAAGAGACUGCAUGGUGUCACCUUCAAGAAGCGUGCUCCCCGUGCGAUCAAGGAGAUCAAGGCAUUCGCCCAGAAGGCUAUGCAAACCUCCGAUGUCCGACUUGACCCCCAGCUGAACAAGAAGGUUUGGGAGCAAGGUGUUAAGGGUGUCCCGUACCGACUACGUAUCCGUAUCAGCCGAAGACGAAACGACGAAGAAGAUGCCAAGGAGAAGCUCUACAGCUACGUUCAGGCCGUCAAUGUUAAGAACCCCAAGGGCCUGGUAACGGUCGUUGUUGAGGAAUAAAGGGAAUAACAAUUGGCAAAAGCAAAUGUUUCGUUGAGAUACCGGCUGGGUUGGUGAAGGGCAUGGUUUCGGAGUUCCUUCUGGCUUCAUGACUUUAGAUUCACUACUACUUGAUGAAUCAAAUACCAGUGAACAACAAUACCUACUGAUAAAUUCAUUUUUGUCGCGAUCACAUUUCGUUACCUUCAUCAACCACGACGCCGAAUUUCAAUUACGUUACGAAUGCUAAAAUUUAACGUAUGAACA